CUAAAAAAAAAAAACAUGAAGGGAAAAAAUGUCCAAAAUAAGAAACAGUACCGUUUUAAUGGCUUUUACAAGAAACCUUAGUUUAAAAAGCUUUGGUUGUUAUAGAAAUGUUUUAUAAUAGUAGAUUUUGAUAUUUUUUGGAUUGCCGUCAGCUCAGGUUUUUUUUGUAAAACUAAAGAAUAUAUGGUAAAACCUAUAUUAUUUCCAAAAUGACUGGGCUUGAGAAACGUUAUCAAAGUCUAUCUGAAAAGCUAUGUAAACCAACUGAUGAACUAUAUAUCGAAGGGUUAUUAGAUUCUGUCACAUCAUUGUACUAUGAUUGCACGUCAUCUCAUAUCCGCAGUGAAAAAAACUUUGAAAACUUUUUGAAACGCUAUGCUUCUGCUGCAGAAGAAAUUGCAAAAUCUCGUAUCAAUUUAAAAGAUUUUAAUGAGAUUAAAGUCAUAGGUCGUGGUGCAUUUGGAGAAGUUAAGCUGGUGCGUCAUAAAGAAACCAAGCAAGUAUAUGCCAUGAAACUACUUAGUAAAUUUGAAAUGAUUAAAAGGUCUGAAUCAGCUUUUUUCUGGGAAGAGCGUGAUAUUAUGGCACAUGCAAAUUCUGAAUGGAUUAUGGCGAUUCAUUAUGCCUUCCAAGAUGAAAAGUUUUUAUACAUGGUUAUGGAUUAUAUGCCUGGCGGAGAUAUUAUUAACCUUAUGUCUGGUUAUGACAUUCCUGAAAUUUGGGCACGCUUUUACAUAAUGGAGCUGGUGUUAGCUGUUGAUGCUCUUCAUAAAUAUGGUUUUAUUCACAGAGAUAUAAAACCAGACAACAUGUUACUGGAUAAAAAUGGACACUUGAAAUUAGCAGAUUUUGGUACCUGCAUGAGAAUGGACAAAGAUGGUUUGGUACGCUCUGACACUGCAGUCGGAACUCCAGAUUAUAUUUCACCUGAGGUUUUACAAUCUCAAGGAAGUCAAGGUGUUUACGGGCGAGAAUGUGAUUAUUGGUCUGUGGGCAUAGUUUUAUAUGAACUUAUUGUUGGUGAUCCACCAUUUUGUGACGAUUCCUUAAUUGGUACUUAUGGAAAAAUCAUGAAUCACAAAACCUCUCUUCAAUUUCCUGAUUAUAUUGAGAUGUCAAGCAAUUGUAAAAAAUUAAUAUGCGGGUUUUUAACAACAAGAGAUCAACGUCUUGGUAGAAACGGAAUAGAUGACAUAAAAAAUCAAAAGUUUUUUCAAACUGACCUUUGGGACUGGGACAAUAUUCGAAGCACUGUUGCUCCAGUAGUUCAUGAAAUGACCAGUGAUGACGAUACAUCAAAUUUUGAUGAUAUUCCUGAACCAGACUCUAAAACUAGUGAAACAUUUGAGUUAUCAAAGGUGUUUGCAGGCAAUCACUUACCGUUUGUUGGUUUUACUUAUUCCAAGCAUAACAGAAUUAUUGGAGACAAUCAGGAAUGUUCCGAAGAGAAAGAUGAUAAUAAAGAUAAAAUUCAAAACUUGUCAAAUAGAAUUCAAGAAUUAGAGGACCAACUAAAAAAUGAAAGGAACUCUAAGGAUGACUCAGAAAAACUAAUUAAAAAUUUGAAGCUUAAGCAACAAAAAUUAACAACAGAUUGGGAAGAGGAGGUGGAAUCACGUAAAAAAGCAGAAGCUCAAAUAAGAGAUUUAGAAAGAGCAGCAGCCUUAUAUAAACACGAUAUGAGGGAAAACCAACGUAAAGCAGAGUUUGAAGCUGAUGCAAAAAAAAAACUUGAAGCAAAAGUUCAAGAGUUGCAAUCAAAGUUAGACAAUGAAUAUUCUACUAAAGAAGACAGCAAUAAGUUGCAAAAAAAAUUAGCUAUAGUUGAAAAAGAGAAUAAUGAUUUAAAAGAAAAGUUACGAAUAGAAACUGAAGGAAAUUUGAAAUUAAAAAAAAUUGAGAGCGAUUACAGAAAAACCCAAGCAGUUGCAGAUCAUGCUUUUAAAGAUCUAUUAGAAAAAAACAGGUUAUUAGGAAUAGCUAAGAGUAAUAUUGAAAAAGAACUUAUGCAAGCUCAAGUUUCAUUAGAAGCAGAAAUAAGCGCAGUUAAACAUGCUAAUGAUGCUCGGCGAGACUGUGAAAAACAAAAUGCUUUAUUGAAAGAUGAAGUUGAUCAAUUAAGAACAAAAUAUAAAAGUGAUGCCAAUGCCAUGCAAAAAUUACAAGAUGAACUUAUUACUGUUGAAAAAUCAAAAGCUAGUAUUGUAUUUGAGCUUAAACAGCUAAAAGCUAAAUAUGAAAUGGAGAAAACAAACACUGCUAAACAAAUUCGAAAACUGUCUACUGAAAAAAAGGAAAAGAAAUUAUCGGAAAUACAGAUAUUAGAAAAAGAAUCUGCUGAUAUACAGAAAGAAAGAGAAGAAAGAAUUCGUAUUGAAUCAAAAGCAGCAAACCUUGAGCGUCUAAUGAAUGACUUACAAUUAGAUUUAAAAAAUAUUAAACAAAAAAAUGUAAGGUUAGAAGAAGAAUAUCAAGCAAGUCAAAAUAAAAUUGAUAGCUUGAACAGCCUUAUACAAGAAGAGAUUGUCAAGCGAAGUGAUAUUCAAAAUGAAUUAAAUGCAGUUAUGAGUGAUCUAACAACACAAAAAACUAAAGAACAACAACUAAAAUCUGACUGUAACCGAAUACUUGAUGAAAGAAAACAGUUACAAGAAGCAUACAACAAGUUAAAGAGUGCCUCUGCAGCAGAUGAUAUUCAAAUGAAAGAAUUGCAAGAUCAACUAGAAGCUGAACAAUACUUCUCAACUUUAUAUAAAACACAAGUAAGAGAAUUAAAAGAAGAAGUUGAUGAACGAAAAAAAGAAGUGCAAUGUCUUCAAAGUGAUAUUCAAAUGGUAACAGAAGAACGAGACUCUCUUUCAGCUCAACUUGAGUUAGCAUUAGCAAAAGCUGAAUCGGAAGAAUUAGCAAGAUCAAUUGCAGAGGAGCAAAUAUCUGAUCUUGAGAAAGAAAAGACAAUGCUUGAACUUGAAAUCAAAGAAUUACUUGCUAAAAAUAAAGCUGAUAAUUUAGAAAAGUUGAAUCAGUUACAAGAAGCUAAUGAAAGAAUUCGAACAUUGGAAUCUGAACUCCAGGAUGAGGUUCAAAAAAGAUUAGAAAGCAUAGAGCAAAUAAAAAGCGCUGAUGAAGAAGCAAAAUUGAAAGCAAAAGAUGAUGAAGUUGAAGCAUUGAAAAAAGCUGUUAAGCAAGAACAAACAUUAAAGAUACAAGCUGUUAAUAAACUGGCAGAAAUCAUUCAAAGAAAAGAUGUUAGUGGAGGUUCAAAAGGAAAAGGAAACAAAGUACCUUCAUCAGAGUUAAAGAAAAAAGAGAAAGAAAACAAAAAACUUCAAUUGUUGUUACAGCAGGAAAAAGAAAAGUACCAAAGUACAUUUAGCAAACUUCAGAGUCAAAACAUAGAAUUGAAUAAGGAAUUGGAGAAGCUUAAAGAAUCAUUAACUAAAGUUAUGAUGGAGCUUGAUUCCAAAGGCAUGGUCAUUGAACAACUUCAAGAAGAAAAUAAAAAUGUAAAUAAAGAAUUAGAAAGCUUACGAGCUUUAGUUCCAGUUGAUUUAGAUCCCAUGAUUACACAACAAGUAUCUGUCAAGUUAGAAGGUUGGUUAUCUAUUCCAGAGAAAAAGUUAAAACGCAAGUUUGAAUGGAAGAAACAAUAUGUAGUUGUAAGCCGGCAAAAAAUAUUUUUCUUUAAUAAUGAACAAGACAAAGCAACUAAUACACCUUCUAUGAUCUUAGAUAUUGGAAAACUUUUUCAUGUUCGAUCAGUAACUCAGGGCGAUGUAAUGAGAGUUGAUGUAAAAGACAUACCCAAAAUAUUUCAGAUAUUGUAUGCAAAUGAAGGUGAAAGUAAAAAUCCUGAAGAAAAAGCAGAAAUAGAUCUAGCUGAGGAUAAAGCUGCUUUUAUCAUUCCAUUUAAAGAUCAUCAGUUUGUUGUCAUGCACUAUCAUAUGCCAAAUGCAUGUGAUAUGUGUCAAAGACAGAUGUGGCAUAUGAUUAAACCACCACCAGCUGUCGAAUGUCGAAGAUGUCGUGUAAAAUGUCAUAAGGAUCAUGUAGACCGAGAAGAAGAUGUCAUUCAACCAUGCAAAGUAACUGUUGAUCUUGCUACUGCCAAAGAUUUACUAAUACUUGCUAAUGAUGUUGACGAGCAAAAACAAUGGGUACAAGAACUAUCUAAAAAAAUUAUUCGCAAGGAUGUUGGAGCUAUAAAAAAGAAAAGCACUGAUGUUACCACUAAUGUAAUAUCUCGAACGCAGUCGACAAAAUCAUUUAAAGGGAAAGAUAAAACCCCUAAUCGAUCAGUAUCUGUUACGUCUGGAACUCAACUGGGCCAAAUGAAAGAUUUACCCGAAUGAAUUGGAAUAAAUUGAAUGAUCUUUUGUUGGUUUGCGUAGAUGUGCAGAAAACUUGAAUUUAAAAUAAAUUCCUUGUUUGUCUGUUCGGUAGUCGAGUCGUUAGCGUGUAUGCCAUUCAAUAAGACCAUAACUUAUAGUGCUUAUUAUCUUUCAUCGAUUGCUUACCUCGAUUAAUUAUAUGUUUUAAUUGAAAUAAACUAUAAAGCUUACAAUAUUUUAGUUAAAAAGGCUUCAGACCUGAUGAAAGGUGUUGCUUU